AUGGCUUCUGGUCUAGUUGGUCAACGUCGGUCCUUUGACGGCCAGCUAUGCACCAUUCGCUACGUGGGCAGCGUCCAGGGCACCGCGGGCGACUGGCUCGGCGUCGAAUGGGACGACGCAAGUAGAGGCAAGCACUCGGGCGAACACAAGGGAUUACGCUACUUUACAUGCAAAAAUAGCCAGCCCACGGCGGGGUCAUUUGUCCGCCCCUCCAGGCCAUCAGAACCCCCGCGCAGCUUCUUAGAGGCUCUGCGCGAGAAAUAUGCCUCUGAGCCUGAGCAGGAAGAUGAUGGGAGCACUUCCAUGAAUAAAGCUGCACCCAAGAAUGCCAUUAAGAUCAGCAGCAAGGUUGUCGAGGAGGUCGGCUUUGACAAGAUCCGCAGGCAGAUGGCGGAACUACAAGAGCUGCGUAUUGUCAUCCUGGAUGGGCUCCGCCUUGCUGGGGUAUUGUCUUCUUACGAUCAGGCUCAUGACCAAGUCCAAGAAUAUGCUGGACAAAUCGCAGCUACUUGCCCGAAGAUCGUUGAGUUGGAUCUCAGUCGAAAUCUGUUGAGCCGCUGGCGUGAUGUUUGGGAAAUUUGCAAUCAACUGAAGCAUCUCAGACGCUUGAAGGUGAACGGAAAUCGAUUCCAACCUCUGGAAGAAGGUUUGGUCUUCGAGGGAAUCACUGAACUGCAUCUGGAGGAAACCCUCCUCAGUUGGGACGAAAUUGCCGAAGUGGCUUCUCGAUUCCCAUCACUCACCUCUCUGACGGCAUCUGAAAACCAACUUAAAGCAACCACUCGUCCACUUCCCAAUAGCAUCACCACGCUGACCCUCGAGUGGAACGAGAUCUCCUCACUAUCAUCAAUCCGCCACCUAGCAUCUCUUCCAAACCUACAGCAUCUCUCCCUCCGCGGGAACAAUAUCGUCAGCAUUACCUCCGACCCCAACAGCACCCUGGAUUUCCAAUUCCCACCUACCGUCCAUUCAAUCGACCUCUCCCGCAACAAUAUAUCGUCAUGGAAAUUCCUAAACCACCUCCCAACCCUGUUCCCAGGCCUCACAACCCUCCGCCUUUCCGCAAACCCUCUAUACGACCAGCCACCUCUUCCCCUUGCCAUUGCAGCCGCCACAUCCACAAUGAGCGCCUCCAAACCCAUGACAGUCGACGAAGCCUUCAUGCUCACACUCGCCCGCUUCCCGUCCACCCUCCGCACCCUGAACUUCAGCAAAAUCUCGUUGCAGGAUCGCUCUAAUGCGGAGAUGUAUUACCUGUCCCUCAUCGGCAAGACGCUCUCUGCUACCUCUGAAGAAGAAGAGCCGAGCAUUCUUGCCGAGCAUCCGCGCUAUAGUGAGCUGUGUGAGAUUUACGGUGAGCCGAUGAUCACUAGGGCCGUUGUCGCUGAUGGGUCGGGGAAACGAGUGAUUCAUCCGCGGUCUGUGGCGGCGCGGUUGGUGAAGAUGGCGUUCCGUCUUUCUGACGCGGUGUCGACGGUGUCUAAUGAGCUAGACGGGCAAGUCCACGUUAAAGAGAUCCCGGGUUCUUUCAAUUCGUACCAGGUGAAGGCUCUCGUGGCCCGGUUGUUCGGGCUCCCUCCGUUUGGAUUCAAGUUGGUUUGGGAGACGGAUGAGUGGGAUCCCAUCGAGAAAGAUGCGGGUGAAGAAGGUGCUGAUUGGGAUGGUGAUAGCGAUGAUGAGGCGGAAGGGGCUAAUCCCGGUCCAACCUCAGAGGAUGAGAGUCGCUUUGUGCGGCGGGAGGUCGAGUUGGUGGAAUCGACAAGGGAUAUUGGGUUCCUAUUCCAGGGUGAGACGGGCGAGAUGAAGAUUAGAGUUGAGGUGUCUCCUGUAUAG